UCGGCAAGACUAGAGCUAUGAUGCGCGUGCUUCUGGCCCUCGUGGGCUUGAUGGGUUGCUUCGUGACCGAGGCCGUAGACAUGCCCGACUUGCGCUAUCUGAAAGCGUAUUUCAGCGCGAACUGCACUGGACCUUUUCAUGAGUUUUUCGACUACUCGCCAGAACUGAGCAUCCAAGGCAUAGAUAACUCUAUCAACAGCAUCCUUUUCACUGGCAACUGGAUCCUGUACGCUGACAACUUCUACAACAUCGAAGGCUUGGGUGGGACGUACGGUCAUUGGUUUGGAGUCAACCAUUGCUCCAACCUCGUUUCUCCAAUUGCUGGCGCGGCAUCUUCACUGCGGUACGCCGGCAGUCCGUACGGCAUCGACGACGUGUACUACAACCUGUACGACGGCUUGGGCUAUGCAGGGGAUGAGUUCAGGAGCAACACGGACGCAGAGACCGUUGGUUACAUGGACAUGAGGACGACUUCUAUUAACAUAAAUGGACAGUCCCCGUGGACUUUCUACACAGGUCUCCAGUUCACAGGGGAGGCGGUGUGCCUGUACCCAAAUUAUGUCGUGGCGGACAAAAAUAUUCAAUUGAGAUAUGCAGGCGUUAAUACGGUGACAUACUUGGGCAUCCCGGACAACUCGAUCAGGUCGGUGGCCAAAGGCUGCCUCACCGACAACGUCUACAGGGGCGCCCGGUCGUCCGUGGGACAUGGAGGUGCUGAGCCCCUGGAGCAUUUCAACCUGGAGCAUACCAAUCUGGAGGAUAACAACUUGGAGCAUUCUAACGUGGGGGAUGACAAAUUGGAGCAUACCGACCUGGAGCUUAACAACCUGGAGCAUACCAACCUGGAGGAUUCCAACAUGAAGCGUUCCAACAUGAAGCGUUCCAACAUGGAGCAUUCCAACCUGGAGCAUUCCAACCUGGAGCAUGAUAACCUGGAGCAUACCAACAUGGAGCGCCACGAGCUGGAGCAAGAAGACGGAGUAUAAGCUGGGAUGACGUGGCGAUGUGUUGUGCAGUGUUUCUUAACCUUGUUCAGACGGCGCUCCUAUGAACACUAAAAUUUUUCUAAACGUAACUCACUUCAAAAUAAUUCCGUAGCAAGAGCGCGCGACGUAUGUGAGUACCUCAGUUUGUAUAUGAGGAAGUAUCCAAUUUUUAGAAAUAUUUAUUUCUGGAUAUUGUUAGAUAUUUUCAUUGAAAACUAAUAUGCUACUAGAUUAUUAUUCGCGAUAAACCGAACAACGAUGAGUCAUUUUAGGCUUGAUGGUGAUGGCACUCUCAUUACAAGUUAUUGACGGCAUGAAAGAAUAUUCUCCUGAACAAUUAAAAUUGUAAAGUUGAUACCUACUUAGUACUUAAAUUCGCGAGCUACAACAUUGAGAGACAUAUUCUUUCCGUAAUUCAAAUAUCUAUCGAAA